CAAAGUGCUAACUCUACCCUGUAAAUUCCAGGACAACAGUGCUUUAUAGAAAUGCCAAAGGUUUCUGGAAGCUGUAGUACAGAAUAAUUUUUUUUGUUUGUUUUAUUUGCUAUUCCAGGUUAUUAGGUAAGACUGUAAUGUAUAUUUCUGCUUUUAUUAGGUGAGAAUGGAAAGCGAAAUGGCAGAUGCCAUUAUGGAGGAUUCAGAGACCUUCAUGAAGAGGAAAGAAACCAAAACCUAUCAGAGACGUCGUGAGGGUGGGGCUGAUGAUGAUGGCUGUGUUAUAGUCCAAGCACAAGCAGAUGUAAGUGAAGUACCCCAUGAUGUUAACAGCAAUGUUCAGAUGGUGAUGAUGGAACAGCUUGACCCCACCCUCUUGCAAAUGAAAACAGAGGUAAUGGAAGGCGUGAUUCCUCAAGAAGGAGAUGGUACCGUGGAUGACACACAGAUUAUAACAUUGCAGGUUGUAAAUAUGGAGGAACAGCCUAUUAACUUGGGCGAGCUUCAGCUUGUCCAGGUGCCAGUAGCUGUUCCUGUAGGCACUGCAGGUGAACUUCAUACAGCUUAUGAGAAUGAAGUCUCUAAAGAAGGUCUUCAGGAAGGAGAGCCAAUGAUUUGUCACACAUUGCCUCUUCCAGAGGGUUUCCAAGUUGUUAAAGUUGGUGCAAAUGGAGAAGUGGAAACACUUGAACAAACAGAGCUACAUCCUCAAGAUGACCCUGGCUGGCAGAAGGAUCCUGAUUACGUGCCCCCUGUUAAAAAGACAAAGAAAACCAAGAAGAGUAAACUCCGCUAUACAGAAGAAGGGAAAGAUGUUGAUGUGUCAGUUUAUGAUUUUGAAGAAGAGCAACAGGAAGGUCUACUUUCUGAUGUGAAUGCAGAAAAAGUAGUUGGAAAUAUGAAGCCUCCAAAACCAACAAAAAUUAAGAAGAAAGGUACGUUCGUAAAGUGUAUCUGCUUUCUAAACUGUCAGGGCUUUUCAUAAACCGUUAAAUAUAUGUCUUAGUUAGAGGCAGUAACUAUGUAAGUAGAUGUUCAACUUCAGUAAGGUGUACUCAUUGUACAGUAAGAGAUGUCAAUACCAUUUCUUUGUCACUUUAAACUAGAUUUAUUUAGAGUGGUUAUUUGUUCCUAGUUUUGAACCCAAAAGUGUAUCCCCUCUUCAAUUUAGUGGACCUUGCCUAGUAGUAACAGACCUAUAUUUAUAAGGUCUCCAACUGCCCACACUAUUUACUGUAAUGCUACUGCCUUUUACAGCACAAUGUGUUAACUUUAUCUUGUCUCCUCCUCUAUUGAACAUUAAUCACACACAGGAGUCAGCUGCAGGGAAUUAACAGCACUAUAUAAGAACUGAUGCAUUGUACACACUGCAAUAAGGGAAGUACAUAGUGAAGCCGUGUGUGUCACAGCCAGGGGAUGACGGGACGAGUGGCUAAGGCUGCAAAAGCAAAGUGAUUUAACUCCUAAAUGGCAGUGAAAUUUCAAGAGAACGAUCUGUAAACCAACACCAUUUGUUUGAGCCUAGAGCAGGAUUGCCCCUAAAAGGUAGAUCUCCAGAUGUUGUAGAACUACAACUCCUUUGCUUUGCAUGGCUUUACAAUAACAAAGUCUCAUGAAAGCUGUAGUUUUAAAACAUCUGGGGAUCUGCCUUUUGGGCACCACUGAAUAUCCCUUUAAAUCUCUACUUGAUAAAAGUUAUGAGACUGAGGUCAUGUAGUUGUAUGUGUAGAUACUACUUGUUUAUUUUUGCCUAUUAAUUAUUUAUAUGGUGGGGUGUGUGUGUUUGUUUGUGUUUAAAAAUGGCACAAACCAAUUGUAGUUUCUAAAAUGUGUGCAAAUUGUUCACUCCUGUUUUGCUUGUUUGUUUGCAUAGGUGUAAAGAAAACAUUCCAGUGUGAGCUGUGUAGUUACACCUGCCCCAGACGUUCUAACUUGGACCGCCAUAUGAAAAGCCACACUGACGAACGACCACAUAAAUGUCAUCUCUGUGGAAGGGCUUUUCGAACAGUUACUUUGCUUAGGAACCAUCUAAAUACCCACACAGGUCAGUUUUAUACAUGUGUUUUAUUCUUCUCCACCUCCACCAUCCGGUUCAUUUGUAAAACAUAAACCGCUUUUCAUCAGCCAACUUGUAAAUACACAACCUGGCCAGUAGUAUGUGGACACCUGAUAACUAUAUGAGCUUGCUGGAGUUUCCAUUCCAGUAUGGAGUUGCCAUCCCCUAUGCAGUUUUGACAGCAACCACUCUUCUGGGAAGACUUUACACAAGAUUUAAGAUUGGGUGUCUUCAUGACCUUCUGUCUGUGCACAGAGGUAUAACUGUAGGAAAGGGCCUUCCCCAAUUGUUUUCUCAAAGUUUUUAAAGUACCCAAUUGUUUUGUAAUAUUCUAGCAUAAAAAUAACUAUUCACUGAAACUAAAGGCUUGACCCAAAAGCAGAAUUAUCUCUCCUGCAGAAAACGUUACAGUAGGCACUAUAUAUCACAGUAGGCAGCACAUUCUCCUGGUCAUAGUGCAUGGAAUCUGUAUGUGCAGUGUUUGUCUAUGAAAGACACAUACAUGCUUUAAGUCUUCUGCUGGCAGUCAUGUGAAGUCUGUGUAUAUUUGAUGUAUAAAGUCAGCAUUCACACACAGUCUAUUGCAUUUAAGAUUUUUAGAGGUACAAUGACACCAAGUGUCCACCGAUUCAUAAUAAGAGACAGGGUCUCUCCGAGCUGAUUGUGACCAAUUGCACAGCACAGUUCACAAUCGGCUGGGAAGUCAUGCUUAAUUCACUAUUACAGAAAAAUGUGAUGGCGACAACAUUCCACUAUGUUUUCGCUUGGAAACCUAUGUGCUGGAAGUAGAGUUAAUGCUGGAUUUGGGUUAGGGAUAGCCCAUGGCAGGGGUAGGCAAUCUUCAACACUCCAAAUGUGGAAUACAUCUCCCCUGAUGCUUUACCACCAGUAUUAUGGCUGUAAUCGCAUUACAGGAGAUGUAGCUCACAACUUCUGGUGUCCCUAGGGGUAAGGGUAUCCUAAAUUAAAGAGGAAUCCUAAAUUAAGGUGGAAAACACUAAACAAAUUCUAGGUUUUGUUUUUACUCAGAUCUUGGACUGUUGCAGGUUAAACAUGUUGCUUCACUUUAUACAGGAACUAGGCCACACAAAUGUCCUGAUUGUGACAUGGCCUUUGUAACCAGUGGGGAGUUGGUGAGACAUCGUCGUUAUAAACAUACACAUGAGAAACCUUUUAAGUGCUCGAUGUGUGAUUAUGCUAGUGUUGAGGUAAGAAACGUUUGCCACUGAAAAUUGUUUGUAUAUGUUGUUUUAUUAUCAAACUGCAAAUUUAUGUAAAUUGUGCAACUACAUUUUUAAAGGCUCCAAGCACCAUAACCACUACAUACUGUUGAAGUAGCUAUGCUGCCAGGAAUGUCCUUGCUCUUCCCUAGAGUAAUUUGUUAGAAUGGUUUGGCAAUUUACCUGGAUCCUGCCUGGUGCCUUUUGCAGAAGAAUCCAGUUGAGGUAAACAGGGCUGUUAAUGAAGGUUGAGAUCAUUAGCUGAGUUCUGUCCUGUGUCAGACCUAUUUCAGCUGAAUGAAAAAGACACAUACAUUCUGCAGAAGAAGCCAGGUCGGGUUAUAGGUGCCUGGGGAACUCAAGUAAGUAGAAUAGUUUUACAAGUUGUUACUUUGUGAUUGGGACAUGACACUGACAUCAUAACCAUUACAGCUUGCUCCAGUUGUUCUGGCCCAUGAUAAGUGUUUUUUGUGUGUGAUAAUUCUAGGUACUAUUUCAUUAUUUUUCUUUUUUAACCUACAAGGGGAAAAAAGGGCCAUUUUUUUUUGUGGUGUAAUUCAUAAAAGUCUUCAUGUUGAAUCCUGACUUGAUUAGUUUUCACCAGGCAGAGGGAAGGCUUAAUCUAAUCCUUGACUGUCAGUGAUCUGAUUCUGAUGACAUGCAGUGCAUUUUCAGUUUAGAGUGCUGUGUAUUUCUCUUUUUCAAAUUUCCAGUGACACCAUAACGAACUGAUCUGAAAGGAGUCCUUCAUAAAUUUUAACUAGUUAUGAGAAUUUGCCUUAUUUUCUGUAGAGACCUGGGUGUUGUAUGGCAGUAGUUAUUAGGGGUUUCAAUUGGACACUUUUUUUUUUUUUUUUUUUGCUUGCCAAAUGUGGACAUUUAAAUAUUUCUAAAUCGGCUCAAAAAGUUUAGAUACUAAUGUAGCCAUUUGUGCUAAACUGGAUGUGUUCCUAUUUUUGGAAUAGUCUGGAUAAAUUAAGUGUGUGGUAAAUUUAGAGAAUAGUAAAUAAUAGCUUACUAUUCUGCAAUUUAUCCUUUAUUUCCUGGAUACCUACCAAAUGUUCAUAUUUUAUGUGGUAUGGUUGUCUUCUUUAAAUUUAAUUAUUGCUUUAAUUAAAGACUUGACUCUGUCUAAUAUGACUUCCUUUUCAUUUUAGGUCAGCAAAUUGAAGCGCCACAUUCGUUCCCACACUGGGGAGCGACCUUUCCAAUGCAGCUUGUGCAGCUAUGCUAGCAGGGAUACUUACAAACUUAAGAGACACAUGCGAACCCACUCUGGUAAGUAAUAUAAAUUCAUUUUUUCUAGAUGCAACACCCAAAAUUUAUUUUCAGUGUGUUUGUGGUCUCUCCUCCGCAUUGUUAAAUUUGUCCAGUGUGUGUGUGUGUGUGUGUAGGAAUAGCUGCAGCCAUGCACAUACCUUGUGGGCAACUUGCCAAAACUUUGAACCCUUGAUACAAACAGCAAGAGUAUGGAUGCUUCCAGCUAAAUGAGCAAUUACACUCUCUUAAUGAGUACUGCUGCAGUAUAAACUACUUAUUCACAUUCCUGAGCAAGUAUUUAAUAUGAGAUUUGGCUCUAAAGAGCAGAACUGGAAACUGGUAUUUCCUGGUCAAGGAGGAUUCUGCUGACAACACUUGCUGUUGCAAGCACAACAAUGUUAUGGUGUUUUUUUUGUGUGCAUGUGUAUGCUUCUACCUGUUCUGUUUUUAAAUGGCUUUCAAAUGUUUGGCAUGCACCAUUUUAUAGAGAUCAUGGCUAAUAAAUAAAUAGUUAGUGGGGAAUUUUUUUUUUUUUUUUUUAUUUAUUUUUUUUUGUUCCCCCUCUAACCACCUAAUAUCAGUGACACCUGCUCUGUCAGAAUUUAUUUCCUAAUGCUUUCUCAAGCAGAAAAGGUAUUAAUGCGAACAGUUUUGUUUUUUCAGGUGAAAAGCCAUAUGAAUGCUACAUCUGUCAUGCUCGCUUUACCCAGAGUGGUACCAUGAAAAUGCACAUUUUACAGAAGCACACUGAAAAUGUGGCAAAAUUUCAUUGUCCUCACUGUGACACAGUUAUUGCAAGAAAGAGUGACUUGGGUGAGUAUUUGUGGCAUCACUUUUCUUUGUAAAAUUUAAAUGUCUCUACUGUUAACAAAUCCAUGCUAACGAAAUUUAAAAAACACAUUUUAAUACACUUUCUGUGAUAUUUUGACACAAUUUAUAAAUCGCUUUAAUAAUAUAAUGUGUAUAUACAAAUUAUAUAAUGGCUUUUUAUAAUAUAUUGUGGGUCAUGGUUUUAACUAUAACUUCCUUUUUUAAAUCAGGGGUCCAUUUGCGAAAACAGCACUCCUAUAUUGAACAGGGAAAGAAAUGUCGCUACUGUGAUACUGUGUUCCAUGAGCGUUAUGCUCUGAUCCAACAUCAGAAGUCUCAUAAAAAUGAAAAGAGAUUUAAAUGUGAUCAAUGCGAAUAUGCUUGUAGACAGGUAAGAGGAUUAUUGAAUGGUUAAUUUUGUGCUGAUUUGUAUAUAACUAGUACUUGUACAAUUGACUUAAUGGAGUCAUGUUUCUAAACAUGUUAAUACAUAUUUCUUGCGUCCCUUUACAAGCUAAAGAUUGUCUCUUGAUUAAAUUUUUUUGCUUUUCAGUAUUGUUACUAAAUUAGAACUUUCAUUUCCAUAUUUUACACUAGUCUUGUUUUUCCUUUUUCUUCAGGAGCGCCAUAUGAUAAUGCACAAACGGACCCAUACUGGUGAGAAACCCUAUGCCUGCAGCCAUUGUGAUAAAACCUUCCGCCAGAAACAGCUUUUGGACAUGCAUUUCAAAAGAUACCAUGAUCCCAGCUUUGUCCCUGCAGCUUUUGUUUGUUCUAAGUGUGGGAAAACAUUUACUCGCAGGGUAAGGAUGUCUCAGUGUAGUCCCAAUAUUGGCACAUGAAUGUGUCUGAAAUGAAAGUACUGUUCUCUAUGAAAUAAUUUGCUUACCCAUGGCUAGUUAGUUUCACACUUUUUUAUCUGUAAUAUUUGAAUUUAAACUAGAAAUGUUAUUUGCAGUUAGUUGACUUUGCUUUUGAACAAUUUUACUUUAAAAAAUAAAAUAAAAUUAUUGCUCUAAACUUUAAAAAAAGGGGGAGGGGGGGUUUGAAAUGUUUUAAAACCCAUUCUUCCAAGCUCUAGCACCCUGAACCACUUUCGAGAGCAAGUGGCGAGACACAGGGAUCUGUACAUUUGAAAGGUUCUCGUGAACAGCCGCACUGUGUAUUUUAACUGGAGUAUGUACCUGACCGUAAAAAGGCACACUAUGCACCAUAAUCAUUUUAAUGUGAUUUCAGUUAGCGUGCUCAGCUGUCCCUUCACUUUUUUUCCCAAAACAAAGUUGUUUGUCCAGUACAAAACUUUUUUUUUUUUUUUUUAAAUAAUGCUUGUUAUUGCAUACCCAACAGAAUACAAUGUCUCGACAUGCUGAUAAUUGCACUGGACCUGAUGGUACAGAUGGUGAAAAUGGAGGGGAUGGUGAAAUUAUUCACAAGAAAGUGAAGCGUGGACGUAAAAGAAAAAUGCGUUCUAAGAAAGAAGGCUCCACAGAUAGUGGUAAGAGUUUGAGUGACUGCAGAUUUAUUAGAAAUAAAGUUCUUUGAAAUUAUUUUACAAAUAAGACUUCUCAGGGGAUAUAACAUUAAUAAAUAUAUACAGGGUCAGCCCAACUGGUAAUUUGUUCAUCAAUAAGGCUAUGCAAAGUACAGUACAGGAGGCAAGAAAAUGUUGCCAUCAGUAGAAGAAACAUAAAAUUGUGGGUCUAACGAAAGUCAUUUUCAUCAGAUUCUAUAUAGACUUAUAAACAUAUAAUUGCAUUAUUGGAAAACCAGAAUAUUUAAAGUUAUAAUAGAAUGAGGGGUAACCGCUUAAUGAUCAAAGGCUAAGUCUGUGUUAUUCUGGUGUCCAUAAGGAUUUGUCCCAUUUUGUAGCAAAAUUGAAAAUGUCUGCGUAUUUUACUAUGUUUAAACAUAGAAUAUAAUCUCUAGUAAAAUACUUGUUAUGCUAAUUUAAAGGUUUGCUGUAUAUUUGUAUUUCAGACAGACCUAUGCAGUCAGUAAAUUUAGUUAUCAUCUUGGACUGCCUGGCUCCUGAAAUUAUGCAUAACUAUAAAAUUUGUAUUGGCUAAUAUCUCCACAUUUACUUUUGGUUGAAAGUAUGUUAAUGUGCAAGAUGCUUGCUGGCAUGCAAACUCUGACUGCAUCAUCUACUCUUGGUGCUUACUAGACUUGUGCACAAAUCUUGUUCAGCUAUGGUGAACCAAUCAAAUGCCUGUUAAAGGGACACUAUAGUCACCUGAACAACUUUAGCUUAAUGAAGCAGUUUUGGUGUAUAGAACAUGCCCCUGCAGCCUCACUGCUCAAUCCUCUGCAAUUUAGGAGUUAAAUCCCUUUGUUUAUGAACACUAGUCACACCUCCCUGCAUGUGACUUGCACAGCCUUCCAUAAACACUCCCUGUAAGGAGAGCCCUAUUUAUGCUUUCUUUAUUGCAAGUUCUGUUUAAUUAAGAUGUUCUUAUCCCCUGCUAUGUUAAUAGCUUGCUAGACCCUGCAAGAGCCUCCUGAAUGUGAUUAAAGUUCAAUUUAGAGAUUGAGAUACAAUUAUUUGAGGUAAAUUACAUCUGUUUGAAAGUGAAACCAGUUUUUUUUUUUUUCAUGCAGGCUCUGUCAUAGCCAGGGGAGGUGUGGCUAGGGCUGCAUAAACAGAAACAAAGUGAUUUAACUCCCCAUAUGACAGUGAAUUGAGCAGUGAAAUUGCAAGGGAAUGAUCUUUACACUAAAACUGCUUUAUUUAGGUGACUAUAGUGUUCCUUUAAUCAUUGGACUAACUGGUCCACUCACAUGGAAAAUCAUAUGUGUUUCAAAGCUGCGUAUCCAGCAAACACAGACUCUAAGGAAUCCAUGUUUAAAAUGGAAAGAGGCAAACAUUUGAUUCUUUGUAAACUAAUUUACAUAUACCCACCCAGAAUCCUAGCAACAUCACUGCAAAUUUGUGAUUUCUGUGGGAAAAGCAAGUCUUAUGGCUUGACUGGUGUGCAGAUUUUUGUUUAACAUUGUAUUGACUAUCCACAGACUUAAGGUGGAUUCAGCAUAUCAACUUCUUUACAAUGCUUCAAAUACGUAUAACCAAUGUCCACAAAUCCUGUUCAGGUGCAUUGAACACCUGUUUUUCGCUAGAUCAACUAAUCUGUGUUUUUGAUUUGCAAUAUGAGUUGACCAGUUAGUCCAAUGAUUAACAGGCAUUUGAUUGGUUCACUAUAGCUGAAAUGGAAAGAAGCAAAAAUGUGAUUCCUUGUUGAACUCAUUUGCAGUAGUAACAUCAGUGCAAAUUUGUGGAAGGGGUUUUCAAUCACAAUUUUCCCUCACCAUAACUUUUGGGUUUGUGUGUGUGUGUGUAUGUAUAUAUGUGUUUGUAUAUACAUUCACACAAUAUAAAUUAUAUAAGAUAUAUUUUUUUUUUUGUUGUUGUUAUGACUUUGAUUUAACUUUAUGCUGACAACCCCAAAUACAGUAGUAUAUUGAUGGAAUUUAAUUUUCAUGAUAAUGUAUUUUAAUCCCCCUUCCCAUAAUUUUCAGAGGACAAUGCUGAACCGGAACUUGAUGAUGAUGAGGAUGACGAUGAAGAUGAAGAUGAGGAUGAGACACCAGUAGAGAUAGAAGCAGAAAAUGAACCAGAACCACCUCUGUCUCCUGUCCCUCCUCCUGCAAAAAGACGCCGUGGAAGGCCGUCUGGCAAAGCUAAUCAAGCUAAACAAAGUACGUUUCUAUUUUUUCACACAACACUGUGGUUCCAACAUUAAAAGGGAAAGUCACCUCUGCACUCCUUGUGCUUAUGCCUUGAGUCUAUAGAGAAGUGUCAUGUAAGUACAUGGAACACUUGUGCAUUCCUGCUAUAUAGUGCUGUAGGCAUGAUCAGCCUGUACCAGGACACCCAGACAUUUUAUAAAACACAUAAAAUAACAUUGUCUAUAAUUUAUAUUUCAUUUUAUAAGCAGCCAUAUUUACAGUUGGUUUAAAUUUCCCUUUUUAUUUCCUCCCCCAGCUGCAGCUCUAAUUCAGGUAGAGGAUCAGAGCACAGGACAAAUUGAGAGCAUCAUUGUCCAAGUGAAGAAGGAGUCAGACCUUGAGUCAGAGGUUGUGGUGGGAGCUUCUGUCCCACACCCUACUGUGGAAGCUCCUAAUGGUGACCUCACACCAGAGAUGAUUUUGAGCAUGAUGGACCGGUGAUGCAGGACAGACCCGCAGCUUGCUGAUUGAACUGGCCUGGGCUGUGUUUAAAUGGCUCAUUUCUAUUUUAUCGGAUUUGUUUUUCUUUUUGUUGCUUUGCAAAGUUUAUUCAAAAUUUCUUUUUUUUUUUUUUUUUUAAAGACCUGUUUUACCAUUUCCACACCAGACUAAAACCAUUGAAGAAAGUGGCAAGAUAAUACUUGCUGAAUUUGAUCAACAGAUUUCACAUUGGCCAAUCAAACAUCAAUGGAAACUUUCAUGUUCUCUGUUUUAGUGGUGUAUUACAAGAUAAGUGAGACUUAUUGUACGAUGACGAUUCAGCGAUGUAAUCUAAAUUAAGGUUUCAUUUUUUUUUUUUUUUUACUCACUACAGAGACUGCACAUUAAUCUUGUUACUCAGUUUUUGUUCCUAUAGAUUAUGAUAGGCAGUUUAAAAAAAAAAUAAUAAUCACAAGAUGCAAAAGUGAAUGAGCUACCAUUAAAACAAAUGUACCAUUUGCCUAUUGUACUUGCUGUAUGUUUGUAUACUACUUAAGAUGUACCCUUUUUUUAUUGUUGCAAAUUAUGAUAGGGUGUGAGAUUUAAACUAUUUUGACUUUGUUCCCAGGUAGACAAAAUCUGAUUGCAAAAGAACUUUGAUGUCCACUAUUUAGCAUGCUUUAAGGCGCCCUCCUUUUAUUUUCCUUUUUUGUGAGAAACCUGAAACUCUGUAAAUAACUUUUUUACAUUUUAAUCUUUUUCUACAUUUGAAUAACUAUAGAUGGAUGAGGUAAGAAGUAAUUUUAUUGGCUGGUAUAAUGGGAAGAAAAAUAUUUACUUAAAUACAUUGGGCACAAAAUGUAGAAUUUUUUUUUAUUUUUUUUUUAAUCUUCUUUUGCCCCUUUUUGUUUGUCUUAAUGGAUGUUCAUUUGUUUUUAACUUCCCAUGCGUAUUAGUGUGUAGUUGAAGUGUCAAGUGAGAGAGAAAUUGCAAUUAAUAACAGGCAAUUGGAUAGGUAUUGCUCCAACUGACCUAUUCCUUUUAACAUUGCUCCGAUACUAUAAAGUUUCCUUUUAAUCUAAAAAUAAAACAAACAUAGGAUUGAUGCACAAAAUGUGAACACCUGUAUAUUACAUCAUGGUUUUUUUGUUUUCCCUUCCUUUCUAACUUAUAAAUAUUUUUUUCCACUGUGUACUGCUUUUUAAGAGCAAUCAUUGACAGUCUAAGGAUAGAGCAAAUCAUUUUUGUAAUUUUUCUUUUUUAACUCGCUGUCCUGUGAGAUUUGUUGUUUUAGGAAGCCAAAAUGGGGGGAAAAAAAUGUAAAAAAUUUGUGAUGGGAAAACGAUGAAGAGGAUUUUGCGAAUGUAACACUGUACAGCUAAUAAAUGAAUUAAUGUAUGCUUUUCAUGGUUUUUGAUUAUGGUGUUCCAGACACCACCUAGGAUUAAAUGUAAUUUUUUUUUUUUUGGUCUGUAUAAAGAUUCGGAAUAUAAUUAUUUUAAAACUUUGUAUUAUGUAUAAGUAUGGAAUGAGUAAGAGGGGAAUCAUGUUUUAAGCAAAGGUUUUUGUUUGUUUUUGUUUUUUAAACUCCUAAAUGCGUAGUUUACCCUAGAAUCAGUUUUUCUGAAUUUUUUUUUGUUUUUGUUUUUUUUGUUUUUUUUUUCCUGUGUAUUUAGGCACUCAAAUUACAGAUCUUGGUUAAUUUAAAACUGAACAGACUGAUAAUCUGUGCUCUUAAGGUUGUACAGAAGAAUAAAACAGAGCCUGUGGAAGACACUUUGUAAUGUACAGCAUCAUUUCUUAAGUCUGGUUUUAAGUCUCUGUAAAUGACGAAGUUAACUGUUUAUUUUAUUUUUUAUUUAUAGACUUACAAAAUUGUCUUCCUUGAUUUUCAAUAAUCUAAUUUUAAAAAAAUUAGUGUCCCAAAUGCCCCAGACGCAAAUAAAAUAUUAGACAAUUUGAGCAGUUCAAGCUGUAGCAAUCUGUGCUUAAAGUAUGCAGUAUCAAAUUCUCUGUUCACAGCAAGGAAAAGGGUGAUCAGCAAUCUGAGUGGUUUGAGGAAGUAACAACAAAAGGUGACAUUCAUGUGUCUGUGGCAAAUAAUAGAGCUGACGAUUGAAGUCUGGCAGGUUUUAUUUUUUUAUUUUAUUUUAUAAAAGGCAAACCUUUCUCAGGGCUGUGAUCUCCAAAUGCCAUAAGGACUUUAUAAAGAUCCCAAGUAGCAGAGAUCUGUAACUUUAAUUGGUGAUCUUGGCCAAACCACAAGAUGUUGCCUGACGGUCUUGUUUGUAACUCAAUGAACAUAAUAAAAGCUAUUUUAUACAAAGUGUUUUGAGAACUUAAUAUGUGGCUUUAUGUUCUUGAUAAGAAUUUUUUUUUUGUUUUUGUUUACAGAAGAGAGACAUUAUUAACAAAGUACAACUGUGUAAAGCCACAAAUCAUUAUUCGAUAAAUCGGCAAUAGUAGAGGCAUGGCUCAUUUUCUAUUAGCCAUUCAGAAGUGGUGAGUAAUUAAGUCCUGGC